CAAAACAGUGCGUCUGGUUGCGUAGUUUUGAAAACGUACAACAUAGGAUUAUUGACCACCAGAACACCUUCUCGUUUUAAAAACUAAAUAGAAAUAUUAAUAUUUCAAAAGGGAUAAUGUCCUAUAAAAGGAAUUGCGCAUUUGCGUAGAGAACUCAUUGAUCAACAAUCAAUGCAGUAUUUCACAACCACUUGCUAGAUUAUUUGUUGUUAUUUUGAGUACGAAGAGUGACGACACGGUUGGCCAGGAUGAGCAGCGUGUGGUACCUGGAACAUGUGACCACUGGCGCCAGGCUUAUUCUGCACAAUGGGACUAAUUUGGUGGGUCGCCACUCGCGAUGCAGGAUAAUCCUGGGAGGACAGUACCAAUUUGUGUCCCGGGAGCACGCAAAUAUCAUCGUCAGUGAAAACGGCGUAGAAGUGCAGUCUCUGAACCCCCUGAAUGGGCUCUUCAUCAAUGAAGGAAGGUUGGGCGACAAGAUCAAUCGUUUGGCAGUGGCAGAGGGCUCAACAAUCAGCCUUGGAGUCACGGGAGUCAACCUCAAUGAAAUUACCGGCAUUCAUGCUAUUUUUACCCUAAAGAAAAAGGAGCCGGUAGUUGAAGAAAUCGUUCUGUCCUCCGACGAUGACGAUACAACACCACUGCCCGCCGUGCGAUCUCCCAGUGGCAAUCAGCCCACCGAGUUCAAUCUCAAACAGCAAAUACCAAACUUUGCCGACAAAAAGGACACCGGCCAGGAGGAGGAGGAAGAACUGCCAUCGAGUUCCAGUCUGCACCUACCAAAACUUACAGAAGUUAAGCAGGAGAUCGUAAAGCAUACCUCAGAAGAGAUACAAAACAUUUUUGGGGAUCCAAAUGAAGCUAUUCUCGACUCUGUAUUGGAACUAAAUCCAUAUCUGUACAACAAGCUAAGCAACAAGACUGCGAGCAAUGCUAUAACUCACAAAAAAAUACACGACGGCGACUGUAUAGAACUGGACGCGGAUGCGGAUAAGAGGAGCAUUUCGGAGCCACAGGAAAACGAAGAGACUGCUCAGCCGGAUAUGCAAGCAGAUCAGGGUAACCCUCCGGCAGCGCAGGAACUAGACGAUGAGGAAGAGUAUGAUGAGAGUUUCGCCAUGUCUCAGGCAGUGCUUAGGGAAAUGAAGGCCGAAAUGGCCGUAAGCGAUGGCGAAGAGGACUUCUUCUUGCAGACCAAUGACCUGGGGAACUUGGCUGAAGGUUCGCCAUCGAACCAAGCCUACGACGACAUUGUCUACAUUAGCGAUUCCGAUGAUGAGGAGCUGUAUGAUAAGGUGGCGGAUUGGUCAAAGCUGCUCAGCCAAAAGGUGGUACCAGACGUCAUCGAAAUGUCGCAAACCUAUCCGGUAGAGGAUGAAGAGGACGAUGCUGACUCAGAGCUAGACAUUGGAGCAAAACACCCAAAGAAGGCAAUGCGCAUCUCAUCCUCCAGUGACGACGAUACAGCCGAUGAAAAGAUUGCACCACAAACAGAACAAAAGGGAUGCCACUCCAAAACAAGAUCCUUAAACGAUCAUGUUGUGCGCCAGGCCGACAGCACGACUCCGGAUCCUCCAGCUGUUCGAAAAUUAACAGCCCUAUUAAAAAACCAUAAAACUACCGGCAGUGUCAGCUCCACCGCCGAUGUUGAAACGCGAGAUAAUGCUAAUGAUGCUGUAAAUGACAAUAUAGGGGUCAAACUAAACUCUAAUCUAAAGUCCUGCCCGAACAAGAUAUCAUUAGAUAAUAAGGAAAAGUUGACAGAAACCAAAAAUGGCUCAAUUCGCCAGCGUCGGCAAACAGUUUCAUCCCGAAAUGAGCUACCAGAUAUCAGCGCGCCAAAAAUGGAGACUAGCAAGUCCUCUACUCGUAAGCGAAUCGUAUCGGUCACUUCUCGGGAUGAGUUAGCUACCACUUCAAAAGAGUUCAAAGAUGCUCCUAAUAACAAGGUGGAACCACCUAAAAAACAACUGCGCAGCCGUUCAAAAUCCUGUUUCAUGGAUCGGCCUGCGGAAUUGGAUGAACUACUACUUAAGAAGAAUAAUGAAGGCGUUAAUAAUAAUAUCGAAGAACUGAUAGUAACACUAGAGGCUCCAGAAAAGUUAACGACACCUACUAAAGCCAAAAGUGAAAGAAAAACAACGCAGAUUCGCGGCAGACGCAAGACAAUACACAGCCGCGAAGAAAUCAUAGCUGAGUCUGAGGAAAAAAAACCAAUUUUGCCAACAAAACAGACCAUUGAAGAAAUCCGUCUUCCAACUAAAAGUCCUCUUAAAAGGAGUCCACGGCUGCUUAACCGAUCCAAAUCCUGUUGCACGGAUCGUCCUGUGAUCACGGAAACCGACGAUUCUGCCAAGAAGGUGAUAAAGGGUAUUUCUCCAACUAAAUAUGAAACGAGACUGACACGCGGCCCAUCUCUGAUUGAGGCUCCAUCCUUGCCAAAGAAUCGCGGAAAGCUGCGAGGGGUUUCGGCAGAGGUGAAAAGUAAAGAUAAGGUGAUUGAUCGCCAGCGUUUUAUUGACUAUCAAGCUGAAAUGAACGCUAAGUGGAAGCAAAAACCCAAAGACAAGAAAAAAGAAGACGAAAAGGUAAAGGAGUGCCGCCGCGAAGCCCUGAAGAAGCUGUCUGACAAACCAAAGGAAAAUAAUCAUAGCUCAAGCACCAAUAAGAGAAAGCAUCCCGCAAGUGUUCCAACCGUUCAAAAUACUAAUCGUGGCGGAUUUCUAACCAAAGGAGUUGAUGGCCCGGCCCCAAAACUGACAAAGACGGAUAACGCUAAGCCACCGGCAAAGAAACCAAUUCCUAAACAACCACCUACUACCGAAACAUUCUCACAGCAGCUCCGAGCAGCUGAUGAAGCAGUUAUGUGUCCGCAACCACAUUGCUCUCGGCCAGUGGAACGUAAGGAAGCGGAGCGGGCGAGGAAUCAGCGCACCUGCAACAAAGUCACCUUUGCCGAAAUGGAGCUUUACCAUCAAAAAGCCGAAGACUUAAAGAAGAUGAAAAAGAAACUCCGUAAGGUGCACUUCAACGACGAUGUCAAAGUACACUACAUCGAAAGGGUCAAGGGAGCCAGCUCUCAGGUUCAGGGACGCAAGGAGUGCAUAAAGCUCUUCCUCAGCACCUACCGCGACCGCCGCGAAUGGAUUCGAAAAAAGAAUAAACCGGUGAAUGACAUACGCCAGCACUCGCGGAGCAUCCUCAAGUGGGCUAACCAAUGGUUAAAGCAUGGUACCGUAGAUGCGGUUGCGGAGCAGGAUGUCCUAAUGCCAAUUCCGCCAGAAUUUGAUAGUUUCAAGAACUACAGAGAGAUAUUUGUGCCCUUAAUGAAGCUGGAGCUGCUUUCCACCAUCGAAAGAGACUACAAAAUUAACAACAAAAACUCUUUCUCGGUUAGCUUAAAAAACGUUUACCUGCAAGAUGGCUGCUACCGUUUGGUUACCAGAGUCAAUAGCAAACCCAUUGGAAAAUUCGUCCUUUAUACCCUCUACAGUCGUGGCUCACUCGAAGAGACCUUUGCCAAUCUAAUGGAGCUUAAGUGUGUCUCAGGCAACGUUUUCGACUUAACAUUUGAGAUCCUGAAACAAGAUAUAUCAGAGGAGAUGAUGAAGAGCGUUAAGCAGUUGACUGCACGGCCCGUAGUAGACAGCUUACGGGUGGAGCUUGGGGCUCUGAGUGCCGUUCAUCAGCUCCCUAGCUCGCCGCUCUGCCGGCGCAUCUUGAAGCCUACGCAAGCAGUCAAUGAGGCUUCACUGCCAAAGCAACCGUUUACCUUUAAGGGGUGCCACAAGAUGAACGAACACCAGGAGAACAUUGUACUGCGCACCUACCAAAGGAUCAUUGACGAUUUGCAACCGAGUCUCACACUGAUCCAGGGUCCUCCCGGGACCGGAAAGUCAAAGGUUAUUUCCGAACUAUGUCUGCAGACCUUGUACGGAAAUGCUGCCAAAACUCUGGACCGCAAAAUCCUGAUUUGUGCUCAUUCCAAUACCGCCGUAGAUCAUAUUGUUGGGCUGCUAGGCGGAGUUUUGCGUGUGAUGAGCCGCGACCGAUUCCAGCUACUGCGUUUUGGAAUGCACGAGAAGAUGAGUCCCUACUCGCGUCCAUUUUCACUGGAGGCGCAUUUCAAAAAAUCCAAGGAUCAGAAGUUGCAGCGCCUUAGCCCGGAGAACACUGAAAUUUUAAAAAAGCAACAUAAUGAUCUUAAGGCUGAGAUUCAACAGCUGAAGCAGAAGGCGAAUCUCACAUCAACAUAUCUUUUGCAACAGUUGCACCAGAAGGAACGACAACUACAACUGAUAACCGACCAACUGAAUCCGCCGCUGACGCAACGCGAGGAAUUCGAAAUCUCUCAGAUUUGUGUGGCCAGAGCCAAUAUCAUCUGCACAACGCUUUCCUCCUGUGUAAAACUGGCAAACUAUGUGGAUUUCUUUGACAUUUGCAUCAUCGACGAGGCCACACAGUGCACAGAGCCUUGGACUCUAUUGCCAAUGCGAUUUGGUUUAACGCAUAUGGUUUUGGUUGGCGACACACAGCAACUUCCGGCUGUGGUGUUGUCCAAGAAAGCCAUAGAUUUUGGCCUUUCUAAUUCCAUGUUUGAUCGCAUUCAGCGAAGCCUUCAGACACAGCUUGAUAAGCCGGGAAGUAAUCAGUUAAUGCAUACGAAACUUUUUAAGCUCAGCAUGCAGUAUCGCAUGCACCCAGAGAUCUGUCGAUGGCCUAACAAGUAUUUCUACGAAGACCAGUUGAUAAACGCUGAGUGUACUGCUCGUUUCGCCUCACCGCUCAUUCCAUACUGCGUGAUUAAUUUAAAGUACACCCAAGACAACAGUGGCGCCCAAAACAAGAGCAUUAGCAAUGACGAGGAGGCUCGUUUUGUAGCCAAACUCCUGACAGAAAUGGACAAACAUAUGCCCAGCAAACGAUUUAGCUACGGAUUAAUUUCGCCGUACCAAAACCAAUGUUACGCCCUUAGCCAGGUCAUUCCCAGUCACAUGAAUCUCACUCCUCAGACUGUGGACUCGUAUCAAGGAUUGGAAAAGGAUGUAAUCAUAAUUUCAAAUGCCAGGACACGCGGCUGUGGCUUCCUCACAAACUAUCAGCGACUCAAUGUGGCACUGACCAGACCGCGUCGGUGCCUAGUCAUAUGUGGCAAUUUUGAAGAUCUAAAGUCUGUCGAAAUGUGGCGCAACCUACUCGACGAUGCUCGCAGUCGGAAAGUAUACUUCGAUAUGGAACGCGAAGAUGUGGACGACCUACAGCGGUCCUUAAUCAAAAAGAUGAUGGUAAAUACUAUCCAUUUGAUUUAGGGGACACAACCCUCAACUAUCAAUUGAAGAGAUUAAAAUGGAUUUUUACCUGUUAAGAAUAUCCCAAGUGCCAUGGAAGAGAAGCGCUUCCCAUAUUGUUCAAACAAUUAUUGUUAUUUUUAUGUUUUCAUCUUUUUAUAUAUUUAACAUAGAGACUGUAAGAUUUAAUAUUGAAAUCUUUGUACACUUAGUUAUUUCAAACGCCGACGAAUUGAAUUUUCUUUCUUAAAUGCCGUACAGUAUAACAGGAUUUAUAAGUAACCGAUAAUAUAUCAUCUAUGUACUUUUUGAGAAAGUUUCACGGGUUGAGGAUGAUGCAUGAUGCAUAAUGUGUAUUGUAUGACCGAAGGAACGUUAAGAAAUAAAUAUUGAAAUGGUUAAGUCAA